ACUACUGCAGCCUUGCAGUGGACGAGUGGUUAUUGACAGUUGUGGAUGUGGCUGGAUAUUAUGGAUAUUACUAUUAUUAAUUUUCUUCUCUACCACUGUUACCUUUUUCAUACAGCUCAGUGUGGUUGGAAUGAGUUCAACCGCUUGGCGGACACGAUCCCUCGUCCUGCUGUAGCGCCUUUCUCAAAGAUUCCCGCAGGGACCAGAGCAGCACUAGGAGUUGGAUUGAAACUGAUAUAUGUUGGGUAAAGGGGCAAAGCGGAAACACGAGGAGAAUGAAGACGAGCUGGAAGGCGCGGCGCCGGCGCCGGCAUCGGGGGAGCCGGCCGACGGCCCUUCCAAGGCCUCCUACACACUGCAGCGGCAGACCAUCUUCAACAUGUCGCUGAUGAAGCUGUACAGCCAGCGCGCGCCGGCCGACGCCAGCCUGGAGCGCCGCGUGCUCAUCAACAACAUGCUGCGCCGCAUCCAGGACGAGCUGAAGCAGGAGGGCGCUCUGCGGCCGCUGCUUCUGCCCGCCUCCUCGCCCCCCGAGGACCCGGCCGACGAGGGCUUCCGCGAGGCGCAGCCCGCCUUCGCCGUCCCGGCGGCGCCCGACUCCUGCCUCACCCCGGCCUCCCUGCUGGAGGACGACACCUCCCUGUUCUGCACCUCCCCUCCCCCGCACGGCCCGCCUAGGCCGGCCCCCCAGGCCGCCAAAGAUAGCUUCUCCUCGGCCCUGGACGAAAUCGAGGAGCUGUGCCCCGCCACCGCGACUACCUCCCCCUCGGAUGGGACGCCCUCCGCUCCACUCUCCACGGAGGCGCAGUCGAAGGACAAGAACGGCAGCCAAAGGCCGGGGGGUUCGGCGUCGCCGGCGGAGGAGCGGACGUCCGCGGCCGACCCCGCGCCCCCCAACGGCCUGGACAUGAGCCCGUCGGCGCCCCCCUCCUCUUCGCCCUCCUCUUCCUCGGGCUUCCUCACGGACCUGGCCCUGGACGACAUCCUGUUCGCCGACAUCGACACCUCCAUGUAUGACUUUGACCCCUGCACCUCCGGCGCGGGGGCCGGGCCCCCCAAGGUGGCCCCCGUGGUCACGGCCGACGACCUGGUCAAGACUCUGUCCCCUUACAGCGGCGGCAGCCCGUCGUCGGGGCCGAGCCAGCCUUUCAAAAUGGACCUGGCCGAACUGGACCACAUCAUGGAAGUGCUGGUGGGCUCCUGACUCCCAUAUUUAACAGAGAAUUAUUUUAUGAGAACAAGAAAUUUCAACCUUUGCAACGUUUGUCUUUUGUACAGUUUUGUACGUCGAGCAAUUGUAAAAAAGAAAAAGAAAAGGAAAAAAAAAAAAAGAUGAUGAUGAUGUCGCCCAGGACUUCUUCCCACCACUGUGCAUGCGGUUUUGCUUGCAUUUCCAAAAAGAUGACGAGAACGAGAGCUGCACACGGCUUUUAGCGGAUCCCAGUGCCUUCAUCCGUGUGCGACCCCCCCCGUGAGGCGCAGUCUGUCCUUCUGUCCCUCUGUCCCCGUGUCCCACUGUUGGUGUCUCCAUGACCGGCGAAUCACGUGACCCUCUCCCACGUGCACUUUUUCCUCUCGCUUCAGAGAAUGGGCUUUUUUUAAAACCUGUUUUUAAGCACAGAGAUUACACACGAAAAAAGCUACUGUUAAAUUGACGGUUCUUUCUUUGUCACCUUAAUGUACUUCCACCCAUGUUGGACAAGUGUUACUAAGUCUUUAUUUCCAUGUUGUCUCAGCGUGUCGCUUCUGUGAACGCCGGCACUUUCAUAACUACGUACUUAUUUCCUUCAAAGUUUCGCCGAGGUUUAACAUGUUUUACAACGUCCAACUCAUUUUUUUUUUUUUUGCGUGUCUGAAUGGAAAGAAGUGAGCAGUCACGCGGAAAGUGUUUUAAUGUUGCCCGUAUUAGCUUUUCUCAUCUCUCAGAUGUUCAGCCUUGGCUCGCGCGUAAGCGCGUCGUGUCGCGAGACGUUGCGCGACCAGCUGGGCUCGGGACCUACCGACGGCCGUGAACGCGCGUCUGGCAGUUGGAAGAACGAGCGAAAAGGGCGGGAAGGCGGUUCGUGUUGGUGUCCCUUGGCAAUAAGUACUAAAAAGAACCGGUCACUGUGAGGACACGCGAUGACGAGUACAUGUACAUCGGCAGCAGCUCAGAAAUGCAUGUUAACAUGCGAUGGAUCUCCCUAAAAGGAAAAAAAAAAGUUCUUAAUUGAUUUGAUUUCGCAAUUUAAAUUUCUCUUUUUGGUUCGGGAAAUUAAUCCGCUCGUCCUAUCAAAGCUGCAGAGUAUGUCUGCGUGUUCGUGUGUUUGUGUGCGUGUGUGUCUGGGCGGGGCCGGGGGUGUUUCCCUGCGUCCGCGCGCACACGCACGCAGUUAUCACCUCUCUAUGCAUGUACCCCCCCCUCCCUCCCC